UAUUUAAAAAUGGCCGCGAUAUUGCGUAUGGGGCGUUAGAAGCCAGUUUGAUAGCUGUCAAAGUAAACUUACGAUUGAUAUACAUCGUUGCAACCAUCGCGGCGAAACACGUCAAUGGCCUGUCUUAUUUAUAGUAAUCUUUCAAUCGGGUCUGCCAAAUAUUUUGACGUAAGACCAGCCGGAUGCGAUUUCGCAUCGCCGAGACAGCACUGCUAUAAGAAUCGCGGGCACGCAGUUUCGUCGUCCUGAUUUGGUUCUAUCGGGAACGUAAGAUUUUUCUGUCGCUCGCGUAUUCUCCAGGUAAAUAAAACUAGAAGUGACUAGAAGACUGUUUAACGCGAUCGUUGCGGUGAGGGUUAGCGUAUCGAGAAACGUUUGCCACGAGAAUCGCGGAAUCGAAUAGUGCAUAGUUUUAUAUUCGUUAACGAAAGAGAAGAGAACGGCGAGAUGUCUCCCGGCGUUAACGGCGGUGGUGGUCCCCGCAACACGGGCACCUUGCCGAAAAGCAACCGAAGGAACGAUAGAAACCGAGAGCAGUCCGCCGUUAAUCAGCGGCUCACAAACCGCUCGGGUUAUCACGGCCACCCGCAGCAUUUUAACAAUUUGAUUCAGUUGAGUUGGCAAGCAGUGGGUGAGCGUGAAAGUGAACCAAGAGUAUCAAGAGCAGCAAAGAACAGCAACACGAGAUCAGCUUCCUCUCUACUGCCUUCUUCAUAUUUUACCACAUACCAAGACUUAUCUGAUUGUGCAUCACAUAGCUCAGCAAGUCAGUGCAAUUAUAGUGCAGAAGAGUACAUACCUUGGCUAAAAAUGGUACCACCUAUUGAACCUAGAACUCAAUCACCACAAUUACCACAAGAAAAGCCUUCCAAUGUUAAUAAGAUGCCUGAUAGGAAUCAAGUAGAGAGCCGGUUAAAUCAGAUCAGGGACUAUAUUAGAAUCACUGCAACAAUGAUGGAAUCUCUUGGUCAAUCCCCCGAUCUUCGCGCACAAGUCCAGAAAGAGAAGUUAAAUAGAAUGGUGGAGGAUCUUCAAGAUAGCGAGACAAAGCUAUCCAAAUUAUUGGAGCAAUAUAAUCACGGAGUUUCUGAUGAGAAUGGCGAAAACGAAAGAGAAGACGUAGAUGAACGCGGCGACGCUAAUAGAGAGAUGCGAUUACGGAGAAAUAUGGAAGAUUAUCAGAACAAACUCGCACAAUUGCAAGAGCAACAAGCUAACUUGAUGGGUAUGCAAAUGCGUGUCAGAGAAAGAUUGAAUGAGGCACGUCAAGCACAACAAAUACUUUUGCAACAAGAGAAUCAACAAGAGAAUACAUCCAAUUCGGAUACAUGGGAAGGCAACCGUGCGUGUCUGCCGGAUCCGAUUAAUGUCGAACAACUUGAAUCAGAAACGGCGGUGCUAAGGGGGAAGUUAGCGCAACUUCAAAAAAAAAAGAAGCACAUGGAUCAUCUUGUAGCGGAAUUACAAGCCAUAGAGACAUCUGAUAGAGUUAGUUGUCUUUCUGAAAGCUCAAGAAACACAAUUAGAGAUAAAGCCGCGGAAUUAGAGGCAAUGAAAGCACAGCUUGCACAUAUAAAAGCUCUAAUGGAAGACGGUACAAAAAUCCGCGAUUCUAUGGAUUCUACUUCUGAGCUUGAACAAGAUAUUGAUGUAAACUGUGAAGGUGCAGCAGACAUUGGGAUUACUGAAGAGGUGGCAAAUGUUUCAUUUGAAUACCGAAGCGAUAGCGACGAUGUUGGUCAUGGAAAAAUUCGAAAUUCCGUGCCUACAAUUGAAGAUAUACAGAUUGUAACACGAGAACUUAAGGAACAAUCGGCUUUGCUUCAAGCCACGCGAGCUGAAUUACAACGUUUAAAGCAACCAUUAUCCGGUGUUACCCAUCCUGCUUCUUCGUCCUCCUUUUCAUCUUCGAGCCCGCCUCCAGCGCUUAUACCUCUAAAUGCAAACGAAAAGAAACAGAGUAAUAAUGUUAGUACGGAGACUCAACCCAUGCAAGCUAAAAGACGUCAACUGGAAGAUUUUAUAAAAAAGGAACAAACACAGCCAUCCAAUGCGAAUCGAGAUGUCCAAGUGCCAGAUCACAAUAGUCAAAGAAGCUCGGGUUCGCAGGCUAGUCAUACCAGCACACCUGCAAAUAUCUGGCCACCUUCUACUGCCACAGGUGGAGGAGGUUCUAACGAGCAAAGUGUGGAUGGCAUAUCUACAUCAGACAAUUUAUUGGAUAUUGGUCCACAAAUCACUGCUAUUGAGAAUGGUGGAUUUAAUAAUAAUUGGUCAGCUUGUCCUGUACCACCUGCGUCUAUCGUAAAUCAAGGACAACAUGCUUCGGUCGAAUAUUAUCGGCAAUUAUUAUUGGGUUCGCAAGCUCAACAACUGCAAAUGAUGGGUACGACAGUACAACAGUGUUGUCAGCUUUUGUGGGCGCAGCAACGCGAGUUACAAUCCAUGCGCGCCGCUAUUUCUCAACUGCAAUUACAAGUGAGAUCGCAAAAUGAAGUACCGCAGCGCGUCAACAAUGCCGAAAGUCAGGAGGAAUAUUCUAAUCUGAGCCGCAGCGUUCACAAUCUCGGCGAUACGUUGGACGCGACUUUGCCUCCUAGUUCGUCUUUACCAAAUCUUGUGUCACUACCUAAUUCUUCAACAUUACCGCAUACUCCGAUAGUUACUUCUAACUCACAACAACAACAGCAGCAACAGUUGAACAAUCAAGUACCUCCUGGUAAUAGAGCAAACAACUACUGGGACAAUUUCCGAAGUUAUUCUCGGCAAAAUCUGCUCUCAGGAAACGUGAAAACAAUAACUGACUCUCCAGUAGUUAUAGCAAAUUCAACAUGUUCUGCAAACACGACUAACACAAGUGGAAGUAGCGUCAACAGUUCACUGAUGAAAGAUAAGCGGAAUAGAGAACAAGGAAGUGAUAAUUUACCUUUACCAUUAAUCGGUGCAGAAGCACAAUAUUCAUUAAACUUACAACUACCGUCAAAUCUACAACAGCAAGACAGGGAAAAUGCUACUAGUCGUAGUAAUAUUAUAGCAAACGAGAUGUCUCAACAAGUUGAUAAUCUUUGGGAAGAAGCUCAUGGGUCUUUUCGAUUAGCAUCUGCAACGAAUGACGAUAACAUCUUUAAUAAUCUCAGUUCAGAGAUGAAAGAGGCAAUCAGUUCGCUCAUCGCAGUGAAUAAAAGGCGACCCGAUUUUCUAAUCAUUAUUUUAAGAGAAAUUAAGACUAUUAGCGAGGACCACAGACUGCGAUCUCACUUGUUAAGAUCACUUGCUAAGAUCACUACUUUACAGGACACGCGAACAUUAAAUAAUCCAUUGAACGAGGCACCUGACUUAACUCCAAGUGAAAGUUGUCAGUCUAGCGACGAAGACUCGGAUGUCGGUGCAAUAUUGGGCUUUGGUUUGGAAAAUCAAUCAUCUAUGACUGAAUUGGGUGCGACAUCUCAUGUAGACACUGCGUCUUCUCCAGUUUCAUCUCAAAUACCAUUACUAGAUCAUUUGGAAAUAUCGGGAACAUUCUCACUUGACUGUGCAAGUACUCUCCCUACCACUUCUAAUGCUAAGCCUGGUUAUAAUGAGGAUUUGGCAGAGGCUGAUCAAUCGAGGCCUGAAUCUUCAGGGAAUCAAAAGCCUCUUGUUGGCGAUGCAAAUAAUGAGAAAGGGCAAGAAGAAGCAGCAUCUUAUUCAAUUGGUGCAGAAGCAGUUACCCCUGAUUUUGAAAGCCUUGCUGCUAAAACUGAAGAUGAAAGAGCAGAGGAUACUGAACUUGAUACAUUUCUUACUAGAUUACAUCAUUAAUUUCGAUAUAUUUGCAUAAUAUAAUUACUUAAAAUUAUUUUUUUCAAUGCAAUAGUAAAAAAAGCAUAUAAAAGAAAUGUAUCUUGAUCACUAAUAAGAUAUUUGUUUAUUAUUUACAAUUACUUCUUCCAAUAUCAAAAAAAUCAACUAAUAAAUAACUGAAAUUGGUAAGAUAGCCCAAUAGUUAUUAAAAAAUUAGAAACUUUAUCAAUAUAUCACAUAUAAGUUAAAAAACGCCUAACAAUUGUUGACAGCUAUAAUAAAUCUCUAGUCAAGGCGCGUAACCUGUGAAAUAAAAACAUAACUAAUUCAAAUAGAUCCAAUUAAAAAAAUGUUAAAGAACAUUGCCACACUAUACAAACUAAAGUAAAUAUAAUUUAUAUUGUAUUUUAUAUCAUGUUAUUAUAUCUUGGCAAAUUUAAUUUUGUAAAAUUUACAAAAAUGUGAAUUUUGUAGAUACAAUGUGCAAUUACAAUCACAAUGUCAUUAUGUAUGUGUAUAUACACAUUGGAGAUGUGUUUUACUAUAAUCUACAUUAUAAAUUAUAUAUAUAUAUAUGUGUGUGUGUGUGUGUGUGUGUGUAUAUACACAAUGACACUGUAAUUAUAAUUAUGCGUUGUAUCUAUUUGAAUCAAGGAAGAACAUUGAAAGAUGAAGGAAAUUAGAGGCCUAAAUUUACAGACAAGACAACCAAAAUUUUUUCAGGGAAAACUUCUUAUCUUUAACUGCAAAAAUAAAAUCAAGAAAUAUAUUAUAUAUAAGAAAUAUAUAAAGUGUAUGUAAAAAAAGCUCUAAUAAGUAUAUGAUACAUAUUGAACUAAAUUUUAAAAUAAAAUAUAUUGGAAAACUUUUUUAAUAAUUGAUAUUAACAUAAAUAAGUUGUUAUAUAGAUUAUGCCUUGUAAUCUUGUCUGAUGUGUAUUGAUUUUCAAAGUGUUAUACAAUAGAUACACACAAAGAAAAUCAAUUCAAUCGGGACAUAUAGUCACAAUGAAAAAAAUCGCAAAUGUUUGAAAAAUA